UCAAGUAUCUGCGCGAAGUUACGCCCUACUUCCGCAAAGCUAGCAUUAUAUCGGAAGUUGGAUGGGAACUUCAAAGAGGGUUCCUGUCCGGGGCCCCACCUGUUGUCCGGUUCCCCCAGCGGGCCGAUACCCGGUACCUUCCUUUGCAACUCUGCCAUUUGGCUAGGAACUUCCGGUACCCAGAUCCUGAAGGGCGUACUUUGGAACUGCACUCUCCAGACGCUGUGCAUAGCUGCGUGCUGCGCGCCACUGAUGCAGCUGAAGCUGUGGCCUGGUUCAACACGCUUCACUCUGCUUUGGCCGUGCUGACCACAGCUGCUCUACAUGAAGCGGCCAGAGCCAUUGCCGAUCUGAGACACAUCGGAUGGCUUUUACGCAAGCCUCGCCUGGAAAACAACAUGUCCAGCUCAGAAAGCUCAGAAGACAUGGAGCGAUGGCAGUCGGUGUUUGCAGCUGUAACCGAUAGCGAGCUGAGGUUUUAUGAGAGCGCCCCCUGGUCUGGGGAGGCUUGGAGGGCGCCUGCUGAGGCCUACUCUUUGAUUGCCACCCGAUUGGUCGGCUCUGGGAAGCGGGACGACUUUCCCGAGUUUAGUAUUCGAUGUGCCACAGUAGAGGGAGUGACCACGCACAGUCUAAGGGCGGAAACCCAUCGGGAUCUGGCCGUGUGGGCAAAAUCCCUGGUCAAUGGGAGCCAUGCCAGUGCGGUCACUCAAAAGGAGCUAGUUUGCCGAUGCAUGUGGAAAGGGCGGCCCGCCCAACUGGUCAUCCACUACGAGAACGGGUUCACUCUUCUUGAAGCAGGAACAGGGUCCAGGACCUUGUGGAGAUACUCCUUUGAUCGCCUGCGGAAUUCAUCUGACGACGGAAAGAGGUACUUGUGGCUGGAUUUCGGCUCGUCGGACGACGGAGAAGUGGAGUUGGACAUUGAAGGUUGCCCCAAACCCAUCGUGUUUAUUCUGCACAAUUUUUUAUCUGCCAAAAUUCAUCGACUUGGACUGACUGCGUAGGUUGGUGCCCCCAGUCGACUCGACCCGCCAGCUGUUGUACAAAAGCACUUUUUGUAAAUACUUUUUGUCAAUUAGCAAUUUUCUAAAUGAUCUUAUAAGUAACUUAGCAUUUUCUAGCUAAUCAAAAGCGGCUCAGUGUUAGUCUCAGGACGACGCUUCAGUCUCAAUUCUCCUAGUAUUGAUAACGUUCUGCGACGGGAACAAUCGAAUUAAAGCAUUCGAGUUAAGUUAAAAAAGAUGAGUUUAGUUGUUGUUGGUCGCAACAACAUGCUUUUGUCCAAAAAAAGGGCGAGAGAAACUUUACUAAUAUCAAAAUCUGAUUCGAUUAAACAACUCGAAUGAUUUUUUCGAUUAUUCCCAUCCAACUAAUAUCGUUACCGAUUAAACCUAUCAGUAUUUACAGUAAUUUGCAGUAAUUGUAAAUUUCUUGUAGCAUAUAACGAACGUAGACAAUAUGUACCAUACUUACAUACGGUAAGGAAUAACGACGCUUUUAUCAGUAAAAUCUCUGUAUAUAAACUAAAAUGGUAAUCAAAAGUAUUUUAUGUAUUUAUUCAGACAAUAAUGAAUUUUGCGCAAGUUGGAACGUUAGCAGCCCUAACUUAGACCACAACAUGAGCAUAAGGAUCCAAUCAAACGCCACCACAUAAGGGGGGGUUUCUAGACGAAGCCACCCCAAAGAAGAAAAAACGUCCACAAGUCUAUUGCUUGACACCACUGAGAACCCCAAAGGCGUUUCAAUUUCGCUCAGUUUGUUAUGUUGAGUGUUUUUUUCCUGUUUCGUUCCACUGGUUUUGAUAGCUUUUAUAUUAUGUAGUUGAAUAACUAACUAAGUGAAUGUCAAUGAGUAGGAAAUUUGUAUUUUUAAAAGUUGCUAAUCGAGGUUGUGUGCUGGCCAACAAUAUUUUUAGCUAUGACAUGUUUCCUGUAGUCGAAUAAAUAUUCUUAAGAAUCUCAA